UCCGGAUACUUGUAGCGUAAUUUUCUUAUGCCCACCUUGUGAACAACAAAGACCUGUUUAAUAGGUUUAGGAUCCAUAGAUUUUUUGUUGUUCUAGAAUCUACAUUUUCUUCGAUAAAAUUAACAUUGUAUUUUAGUUCAAUAUUAGAAUUUAAAAGGAUAUUUUUUCUGCCGUUGGGGCACUUGAAUUUUUGCAGAGGCGAAUAAAAUUAUCCGGGGCGGGGGAGCCCGACACUGGUAAAAUUACUCAUCAAGAAGUGAAUCAAAAUAAUAACUGCCUUAAAGCAGCUUGAUUUGGUUAAAGAGCAUAAAUCAAAUGGCUUCAAGAAUUUCAUCAGGAAGGCAUCACAAGGAAGGUUAUGGGACAUUUUUAUCAAUUAUGCUUAUGUGCCUCAUUAUACUUGUAUCAGAAGUGGCAUUAUCAAGUUGUUCAAAACUUCAUAAAAGAGCUUCAGGUGAUGAUGUGUCAUCGACAACUGAAAGUUCAAAUGGUACAACUAUUCUAACAAACACAACAUCCAAAGCGGAUAGUCCCAGCAAAGGCAACACAGGAGCUGUUAUAGCUGCAGCUGUUAUUGCUGUGAUUGUAUGCAUUGCUGUUGUAGUUGGUGUCUACAUUUUCAAGAGAAGGCGACAAUCAUUAAUGAUGGACAAGGAGAAAAAGAUGCAAAUUCAGAUGUCAUCUGCUCGCAAUGCUGGUGUUUACCAAGACUUAACUGUCAGUGUUCCGGCAGAGGAUAAGCCACCAGCUAGUCCUGAACAUGAGAGGCUUAAAUCUGCAGAAGAUGCCUAAUCUCUAAGGAUUUUGUAAGGUUUUUGUCUAGUGAAGUGAAACUGGGUUAGAAAUUAUUCAUACUGUUUUAUGAGCCUGGAAUAAACUUAAAGACAAUGUAUAUGGUAUUAUGAACUGAAAUUACAGUGGUUUGAAAAUGUUUGUAAUGCAUUUUGUAAGCCUGGUAAUUAUUUUUAAGAGGACAUGCUUAGAGACCACAGUUUACAUGAUUUUAUAUCUUAAAUAUAUACUAAUGUCGUGUGUUUUUUUUUUUCUAUUUACAGUUUUCUCCUGUAAAAUUUUAUUUUUUUAUACUUCAUUUAAAGCUAAAAUUUUAUCAUGUGUCUUGAGUUGUACCUCAUACAUAUUGAUGAUUUUGACUGAUAUUUUUUAGAAGAAGAAAUGUAAUUUAAGGUAAAAACACUUUCUAAAAGGGAACAGCAAUACAAAAACAGUUUUUUAUUAUUUUACACUGCUUCACUACUAUUGCUGCUUUAAACAAACUUUAUUGAAGUAAAAGAUUUGUCUCAUUUACUUGCAGCACCCAAAAAGAACUGCAUUUAAUAAUUUUUGUGACCAAUCAUGACAUAGAUGUUACAACAAUUCCAACCAGUUUUGUGAAAAUGGUGCUCUACAUACAUUUAACUGAAAAAAUGUAAUCAACAAACAAAAAUCCACUGAUUUUUUAUAAAGUACAAUCUACAAAAAAAUUAAUAAUCAUAUCAGUUAUGUGGUAGUAGUUCUUUAAUGGAGCUUUAAUUUUAAAUGGUUAAAAUGUUCAUGAACCAUGAUCAUUCCAUUGUUAAAUCUGAUUCCCCAUUGUUAAUAACAUACUAUUUUUAAAAAAUGUUAACAUUAAAAAGAUCCACUUUUAUACUCAAACUUAAGUGUAAGUUGUUUUGAUGUAGUUGUUGUAACAUUAUACUUUUAUGGUAGACAUUAUUUAUUGUAAUAUUUGUAAGAUUGUAUACACUUUUUGAUGAUCAAGAACUCAUAAAAAUUCAUGUCCAAAAAUCUUUCAUCUUUUUUUUUUUAGUAAUGUUCAAAUGGCACUUUUCCCCCAUUGUUGUGAAUGCUUUGGUACGAUUUUACUUACGAUUAAAUGGUGACACCUUCUAGUCCCUUCUCAGUGCCUCAGGUGUAAUAGAUGUGAUUGCACAGUAAUUCAUUUAAUGAAAAAUUAAUGGCUUUUAUUUUUAUCUCACUUUUUCAGCAGUGAUGUAUGUUCACGAUGUUUUUUAUUCAAUCAAAAUACCUGUCUCCAUGUAUAUGUUAGAUUAUUUUUAUUUUAAAUAUCAGUUCUUUCUUAGAUUAAGAUAGUUAAAAUCAGUUUUAUUUUCUGAAAUUUGUAGUAUCACCCUUUAUAUGUUUAGUGUAGCUAAGCAUGUGUGGGACACUGUAUUUUAACGGGUCCAUUUUAGUAGCUACAAAUUUGAAGAUGUUAUUUGUAUCAUUUUAUAGCACAUUAGCAGGAAAACAUUCUUGUAAGCCCUAAAAUAGUUUUCUUCUCUUUUUAAAUUUUUACUGUUUGCAAUAUCCAUUAAACACAUUCAGGAUAUCAUUUUACACACUUUUAUGGUAUAAAAUGUUAAUUGAAGUGUACAUACAUAUGAUUAUGAACAUUUUUCAUGUAAAACUAUUAGAUGACAAAGGGAUAGUCUGCAAUUUGAGUAAAUCCAUUUUUUACAGUCCUUUUAUCAUCCAUAAAUGUUUUUUACAAGUAGAUGUUGUUGGUGCUUUGGUUAACUUGACAUGUAUUAUAAAGUUUUUUUUAAAGAACUUUAACAGGUAUUGUUUUUAUUGGCUAAACCAUCUAAUGGUAUUUUCUGUAUUUUCAGCACAUUUUCAUUAGUCUAAUAUUAGUUAAAUUCUUUUAGAUUUCUUGUUGUGUCAACACCAUGCCUUGUACUUAAAUUGUUUACGCAACAUUGGAUUCCUUGGUACUUCUAUUACAAAUGUUAUACUUAGGUAUAAAAAUAUGUAUCCAUUUAAAAUGGCAACCAUUUUAAAAUUUUCCUUUUUGAUUUACACUUUCCCACCAAUACUCAGCAAUAAUAAAGAACAAAGUUUUAGAUUUUUUUAACAUUAAAAAUGUUUCUUUGUCAGUGUAACAGUUGCUAAGUAACUGUUAAUUGCCAAAUUGUUUGGAUUUACCCUUCUUUUAAUCAUUUUCAAGCUCAACUCUGUAUACAUAUAUGAAAAGCCAGCCAAGACAUUUUAAAAUGUUUUGUAAACAUAUAUAUUGUUCAUCACAUUUUUUUUUGUCAAUUAAAAAAACAAUAUGUGAGCUGUUCUGGUUUAUUUUAUUCAAGGAAUAUUGAUGCCAAAAUAUUUUGCUCCUCCUAUCAUGAAGCUGAUGCCAAUGUUUGUGCUUUUUUUUUUUUUUUAACUUUUUAUUGCAAAGCUGAAUUAAUAGAAGUCAACUAAACCUCAUUCUUCAGCAUUGAACAUUCAGUUAUGAUUGUCAUGUGGCAUUUUUGUUUUUGCUUAUUUGAUGCUGUUUUGAUGUUGUCAUAAGAAAUAAAGAUGUCAUAUUUUUUG